AAAUCACAGGAGAAACAUUCAUGAUAGUUAUAAAAUGGAUUCCUGUGCGUUACAGUGCAGUAUAAUAUUGUAUCAGGAUAUUUCGUCUUUAUACCCUGCAGUCUUGUGUAACAGAGAUAUGACUAUGAGUAUACAUUACAAUUCACACAGAUACAGGCUUCGUAACACUCCUUCAUCGUGUGUAUAAUUCCUAUCUAUCUGAUUUGUGAGUUUAUAGUCCAUGGUCCAGAAUAACGUUAUCUGCGGACAAGUCUGUGUUAAACUCUGAUUGUGUUUUGGAAGAUUUCACUUAAGGACGUUUAGACAACACUAAAGACAUUUUCUUCAUUCAAGAUUUAGAAGAAAAAGGGGAUUACAUAUGUUUUUGUUUGGAUUUAUACUGUGAGGAUUAUCAGCAAAGCAGGGCCAUGAGUGCCAAGACUAACAGGAAGGAGUUCAGUCCAAAGCAGUUCAUGAAACAGCCUCAGAACAACGGCAAUGUGUCUAUCACAUAUCCUUCUGAACCACCGGAUGACGAGAACAUGAACGAGAUCGUCAGCGAUGACGUUGACCUGGCUGUCAUUAUGCCAGACGGACGUGUCAAGCAUGUUACAGUUAACUCAAACAUACCUAUGUUAGACCUCCUGGUCAAUUUAGCAGCGUCCAGUCGACUGAAUCCAACAGGAUAUACCAUCAUACUUCUGUCAGAGGAGACAGGAAAAGCCCGUGAUUACAAACCAAAUCAAACCAUUGGAUCUUUAUGUGUUAAAAGCAGUGAAAGUUCUAAUCGUGGAAAACAUGCUACUCUAGAGUUAAAGUCCAAAAAGUCGGACAAGAAAUCGUCGAGUAAACAGUCCCAACCUUUCGAGAUGACGUACCGGUUUACAGUGAAUCUUCCCCAAAGCCAGAAAAAGGUCCUACGGAUCAGUCAGACGACACCCCUAGAUACUGUCCAUCGUCAAAUCUGCGUGGAGAAACGACUAGACCCCAUGCGCUACAUAUUUCAGCUCCCUGGGGACCCACAGGGCAUGGUGGACAUGUCUAGGACGGUCGGGGAGCUGGGAAGCAAUGAAAUCAACCUUAUCGCCAGGAUGACAAUGGACAGUGCCAAGUCGAUGCCGGAUUUGUCUGUCAAUCGAAGCCAAUCAGUCAGAGUUGACCCUUCCGCAGCGUAUAUGCCAAUGGCUGGCGAGGGCAAGAAAAAGAAAGGGUUCUUCUCAUUCCUCAAGAAAGACAAAAAGUUUAAUUUGCAGUCUGCGCAAAUGGAGGUAGAUCGGGGCCCACCCCCAACUCAGAUAUCAGGGGGCAGCCCUCCUCUACGCAGAAAGUCUGACCAACAGGUGGCUCGGCCACGCACCAUGUAUACCUCAACCACUGCCAUUGACAAGGAGAUACGUCCGAAGUCUGUGAUGGUUUCUCAGACUGAGGUUUUACCAGAACCAAAGACAAAAAAUCAGACAAUAAAAGAAAAUGUAAUUCCACCACCACGAACGAAAAAACGGAAAGCACCAGCACCACCUCCACCUCCUCAGGCUCAGCCUCCCCCAAAAACUGUUCAGGUAGAAAUCAGUGUUGAGAAACAAAAUAUUGAGAAAGAGGCUGUGGUGUCGGAGAGGUUGCCUAGCGUCAGUGAAAAUAUGGCAACAACAUCAGUGUCAGCAACAUCUGACAAAAAUCGCACAGAACAAUUAGCACAAAAAUUACAUUCACGGAAUAGUUCAGAUUCAAGUGGCUAUCAUGAAUUAACAUUAAGUGGGGCCGAAUCGCCUGACGCGGGACGUAUAGACGAAAACUUACAAAUAAUUAUAGACACUGCAUCAAUAGAUAGUGGGGAACAAAUGAAUGGGGAUAGUGGAAUACGAGAUAUAUCACCACCUCGGAGAAAACCACAUCCAGCUCAGGCCAUGGACAUUGGGGCAAGCCAGACACUGCCAUUACAAAAGGAAAAUAAAAAGGGGCCCCCUCGCACUAGGUCUCUUGAACGUGAUGAACCAAAGAAAAAAGCUGCCGGGAAGAAACGAAAAGCUGCUCCUCCGCCACCUCAAACAGCUGCCAUCCCUCCAUCUUCCUCUGAUCACCUCUCACCCGCAGUAAACUCCCAAACAGCACAUCCUCAGCCAGCGGUGGCCAUCACCGUGACCUCUGACCCUUCCCAUCCCAGUCCUCCUCCAACAGAACCGACCUCUGGGUCACCACGCAGCAAUGAUCAAGAACUCACCGCAGAUGAUGAGGAUGCUCUGGCCGUUGCAGAAGUGAUGGCAGAGUUUGACCGCGGCCUUGAAAGUCCGAGAAUGAUGAUGGUGGAAAACGAUUCCAUUAAAACAGAGGACAUUGAAUUAGAGCAGCCAAUCAAAAACCAGCGUCCAUGUUCAUUUGUAGCUCCUCCCCCUCCGAUGGAACCCCCACCUGAGGACUCCGAAAGGGUAGACUACAGUGUACUUUCGCGGGUUGACAUGGUUGACGUUGGUGUCGAGACGAGUGACGACAGUGGUUCCGAAGGCCCAGAGAGCUCUCCUGUUAGCAUCCACAGUCGACCUGAGAGUCGCAACAGCUUAAGCUCUGUAAAUACUAUUGACGACAUAAAUAUGGCCUUUGAGCUCACGAUCGCAGCGGCAGAGCAGGCCAUGAUGGAUGAAACCGAUAACGAGGAUCAAGAUGGAAAGAAAUACAAGGAAGAAGUAUCCAAAUUUGUCAAGGGUAUGAAAAAAAUGAGUCAGGAGGAGGAUACCAUCCCCAAGGAGGACGUUAUCUCUAAGGAGAUGGUUGUUGCCGAGGAAAGUACUCCACCUCAUACAGAGACCAAGCCUUCAGAUGAAGCAGAUGGUAUGUCAAAAGAAGAGAAAAGGCGCAGUAAGUCAGAGGACUAUGAGGUGUCGGAGAUCACUUACGAUGUUACAAUUGAUAGUGUGCCUCCAGAAUUCCAGACCAGUGAACCUGUUAAUGAGGUUGUGGUCAAUUUCGAUGAUAAUGAUGAUGAAGAGGAGGUAACAGAAUCAAUUGAAGUAAUUUCACCUUUUGAAUAUAUGAGGUCUACAAGUCCUCAUGAUGGACAUUCCCAGGAGGAGGAGGAGGUAGAACAAAAGGAAGUUUUAGUGUUCAACAUGGAGGACCGUAAAAGUCCAGAAUCUCCAAGGACUAGUGAGGUUAUUUCAGUGGCUGAACCUCCUCCACCUACAAACGAGGUUUUGAUCAAACGACCUCCAUCUCCUCCAAAAGACAAACAGCCAGAGGCUCUUGUGUUCACUCUGGAUGACUUGCAAAAUGUCAAUUUCUCUGGUGCUCGAAGGAGAGAGGUCAGAUCGGUGCCCCCACCCCGGGAGGAGAAGGUAAAGCAGACUUCUGGGUUGGUCAGUAAAGAGGUGAUCCGGUUAGAUGAAGGGGAAGAAGAGGUUGUGGUACGUCGUGUGUAUACGGAGGACAAUGAGGGCUUUAGUAACCCUGUCAUAGACAUUGAAAGUCUGCAGAUGGAGGAUCGGGGGGAGAUAAGUGUCAAAGACCGAUGCACUGAACUGUCCUUCUCUCCUAGUUCUGAGGGCGAACAAGAACACGUCCUUGAGGAGAAAUCUAUAUCCAUGAUCAACCUCCCAGCUAAACGGCAGCCAACUGCUGUACAAGAGGAGGAAGUUAUUAAAACCUCCAAGGAUCAGAAAUCCUUUUCGGCGCGUGCUUUAUUUAAGGAACCAUCAAAUGACCGGCCCCAACAUAAAGUGAGUGUGAAUGAUUCCGGUCUUGAUAUGGAUAUGAAUGGAUCUGAAGUGAAUGAGGAGGAAAUUGAGGAUGUUAAUAAUCAACAACAACUUGAGAACCAGUUAACGCAAUGGCAGCAACAGCUCCGUCAGAAUCAGGCUUUGUUGUCCUCAACUGAUAAUCUAAGUACGGAUGAUAAUGCUGCUCAACUUCAAGCCCAACUCCAGGCUCAACUCCAGGCCCAGCAGGAGAUGAUGAUGCAAAUGCAACAAAGUAUGCAACUCCUUGCAUUACAGCAAAAGGGUGAACAAGAAUCACCAGUUCCGGCUGUCAAAGUUGAACCGGAACCCUACAAGCAAUCAGCGGCUCCAGCUUCUAUCCCAGCAGCGCCCCCUGCUCCUCCUCCCCGCCCCGUCUCUGCCCCAAAAUGGCAGUGUAAAGACUGGUGGUAAGGCACUACCAUCUAAUGAUACAAAACCAGCAUCCUCGGUGGCUGUGAAACCUAAGGGCAAGGGACGAAGGAUUAUUGAACCUCCCAAGCUUGACCCUAGAGAAGAACUCAUGAUCGCUAUCCGUAAUUCUAAUGGCAUGCAUUCACUGAAACAG